UUAAACAAUGUUAUUUUAAAGGAUCGAAAACACAGAACCAGUUCUCAUUUACGACUCCUCGAACCCUGGUAGUGAACCUGGAAAGCGCAAAGGAGAGAUGUUCCAAGGGGACUCCUACGUGAUCCCUUACCAGUAUGACGGGGUUUAUGGGAGGAAGUACAUUAUUUACUUCUGGCUGGGCAAAGAUUCAACACAAGACGAGCAAGCUGCCGCUGCUAUCUACUCGGUAGUUGUUGACAGAAAGCUCAACGGUGAAGCUGAAUUAGUCAGAGUACCACAAGGUGAAGAGCCUAAACAUUUUCUGAAGAUAUUCAAUGGUCGUCUGGUAACACUGACGGGGGGCAAAGCUUCUGGAUUCAGAAACACUAACCAGAAAGAUACCUACGAUAAUGAUGGAGUCAGACUUUUCAAAAUCUAUGGCACAGAAGCCGGUGUGGACUUAAGAGCGGAUCAAGUGCCUGAAGAAGUUUCGAGCCUUCAAUCUGACGAUGUCUUCCUUUUGGAAACUCCUGAGAAAGUCUACUUGUGGUAUGGCCAGGGUUCAAGCGAGGUGGAACGCCAAGAAGCAAUUGAAUUCGUCCAUAAAAUUCUCGGUGCUAAUACAGAAUAUGAAGUCGUCAGACAGAAUGAGGAACCCGUUGACUUCUGGAACAAUCUGAAUGGAGACAAAACUCAAGUACAAUCUGCUGAGCAGUGGCGGGAGCGUAUUGGCAAACGUGUCGGAGUCGAACCUCGUCUGUUUGAAGUGGAUCUGAAAUCUGACAACACUUACGAUUUUGAGGAGGUGUACAGCUUUAAACAGAGG